CUCGGUGCGGAGUGCGCGGUUUUUCUCUGGUGAAAAUGCGUCCAGAUGCGGUGCUUUAAAAAGAGUCCUGGCGAAGAUGAGGAAGAAGCGGGGUCCGGACUGGCCAAGUCCGGGCCGACGGAAACCUGCAUAGAGAUGGUCCGGACCGACGGCCUCGCCACGAAUCUCCUGGAGAAGCCCAUGAUCGAUAAGAAGGUUAAGAGACACAGCAUCCACGGGAUGAUGGAAGAGGAGAACGUGAUCAGGCCGCACCAGGAGAUCGCGCAGCUGUCGCUGGACGAGAAGAAGUUCCUGCUGGCGGUGGAGAGGGGCGAUGUCGCGUCCACGAGGCGAACGCUGCAGAAGGCCGAAGAAACGGGAUUCAUUAACAUCAACUGCGUGGAUCCAUUAGGCCGAAGUGCACUUCUUAUGGCCAUAGAUAACGAAAAUCUAGAGAUGGUCGAGCUGCUGAUCGAACACAAAGUCGAGACCAAGGACGCGCUGCUGCACGCCAUCUCCGAGGAGUUCGUGGAGGCCGUGGAGGUGCUGCUGGACCACGAAGAGACCAUCCACAAGCAAGGCGAACCGCACAGUUGGGAAGCCCUGCCGCCCGAUACCGCCACUUUCACCCCUGACAUCACCCCUCUGAUCUUGUCGGCCCAUCGUGACAACUAUGAAAUUAUCAAGAUCCUGCUGGAUAGAGGGGCGACGCUGCCGAUGCCGCACGACGUCAGAUGCGGCUGCGACGAAUGCGUCACCUCCCGCAUGGAGGACUCCCUGAGGCACUCCCGCAGCCGAAUAAAUGCGUACCGCGCCCUAGCGUCGCCCUCUCUGAUAGCCCUCUCGUCCAAAGACCCCAUCCUAACGGCGUUCGAGCUGUCAUGGGAGUUGCGCCGGUUAAGCCUGAUGGAGCACGAGUUCAAGAGCGAGUAUCAAGAGCUGAGGAAACAGUGCCAGGAUUUCGCCACGGCGCUGCUCGACCACACGAGGAGCUCUUACGAACUGGAGGUCCUCCUCAACCACGACCCCACAGGGCCGGCCUUCGAGCACGGGGACAGGAUGCACUUGAACAGGUUGAAGCUGGCCAUCAAGCUCAGGCAAAAAAAGUUCGUCGCUCAUUCCAACGUCCAGCAACUGUUGGCAUCGAUAUGGUACGAAGGUCUUCCCGGCUUCCGCAGGAAAAACAUGGUUCUGCAAGCUCUAGAAAUCGUGAAGAUCGGCGUCCUGUUUCCGUUCUUUUCGAUCGCCUACAUCCUUGCACCACAUUCCGUCAUCGGCCAGACCAUGCGAAAGCCUUUCAUCAAGUUCAUCUGUAAUUCCGCGUCUUACAUUACGUUUUUAUUUAUGUUAUCGCAAACGCUAUUCUUCGACGACCCGAGCAUCGUAUACACGCAAAGGGGCGCCUAUCCCACCCUCGUCGAAUGGAUAAUACUAGCCUACGUUCUCGGUUUAAUAUGGAGCGAAAUAAAACAGUUAUGGGACGUCGGGCUCGAGGAGUAUGUGAGAGACAUGUGGAAUGUGAUCGACUUUAUUACAAACUCGUUGUACGUAGCGACGGUAGCGUUAAGGGUAGUUUCUAUUUAUCAGGUACAAAAGAACCCUGUGGCCAUGCACGAACAGAGGAAGGACUGGGACGCGUGGGAUCCCAUGCUGAUCUCCGAAGGGCUCUUCUCGGCCGCUAACAUCUUCAGUUCGCUGAAGCUGGUGCACAUUUUCUCCGUAAAUCCGCACUUGGGACCACUGCAGGUGUCGCUGUCGCGCAUGGUGAUGGACAUAAUGAAGUUCUUCUUCUUGUACGUCCUCGUCCUGUUCGCCUUUUCUUGCGGUCUGAAUCAGCUCCUUUCAUAUUAUGCUAAAGCCGAACGGAGGAAAUGUCCCGACGAGGAACCCUUGAGUCUUUCUUUAAAUCGGACUGAAAAUAACGACACGAACGCCUGCAUUAUAUGGAGGAGGUUUUCGAACUUAUUCGAAACCAGUCAGACGCUGUUCUGGGCCGUGUUCGGAUUGGUCGACUUGGAGAGCUUCGAGCUGAACGAAAUUAAAAUAUUCACGAGGUUCUGGGGAAUGCUCAUGUUUGGGACCUAUUCGGUUAUUAACAUCGUUGUUCUGCUCAACUUACUGAUUGCGAUGAUGAAUCAUUCAUAUCAACUGAUUUCGGAGCGAGCCGACGUCGAGUGGAAGUUCGCCAGGAGCAAACUGUGGAUAAGUUAUUUCGAGGAGGGGGGCACCGCGCCCCCUCCGUUCAACAUCAUCCCGACCCCCAAGAGUAUCUGGUACGUGAUUCAGUGGGUCCGGCGGAAAUUCUGCGGUCAUUCCCGCGCCGCCAAAAAGGAGCACAUGCGGACGAUAAGGAGGAAAGUUAAACAGGCGAGCGAGAGAGAUUUCAGAUAUCAGAGCAUUAUGCGAAACUUGGUGCGCCGCUACGUGACAGUCGAACAAAGAAAGGCGGAAAAUCAGGGAGUUACCGAGGAUGACGUGAAUGAAAUCAAACAGGACAUAUCAGCGUUUCGCUUCGAACUUAUUGAAAUACUCAAAAAUUCUGGAAUGAACACGUCGACGGCGCACAGCGGCAUGGGUACCGGCGGCAAGAAGAACCGCCAGAAAGAGCGAAGACUGAUGAAAGGCUUCAACAUCGGCCCCCAGCCCUCCACCGCCACCGGGUCUCUACCCCCCGUGGCCGAGUUCAUCGCGUCCCUCCAGGGCCACCAGGAGGGCCACCACCACGACUUCUUCGGUAGCACUCUAUCCGGCAUCUUCAACUCCACCCCCCGCAAGCUCCACCAGCACAGCAGCACCGUCUCGUCCUCGCAAGGCAGCAUCAACGAAGGUUCGCAAAACCACAACCACCACCAUCGAGGAAUCGGCAGGUUUCAUUUGAAACGAAGUCAUUCGCACAAACGCCGCUGGGGAACCUUGAUCGAAGCGGCAAAAACUGGAAAAGUUUCCCGUUUGAUCGGACGUUCCCGUUCCGAAGAUUCAGUCUGCAACAACUGCAGAGAAAACGGACACAACCACUCCCACAGUCACAGCAAUAGUCCGGCGUCGGACGACAACGGCUCGGUGCGGUCGUCGGACUCGAACCCCAGCCUCGACGUGCCCGUCCACCCGGAGCCGGAGCUGCACGGGCUGGCCCACGGGCUAGCCCUACUCAAGAAGAAGAGGAAGAAGUUCUCGGCGUCGAGGAACACGAGUCCGAUCGUGGCGGCGGCGACCAGGGAAGUGGCCAGCGUGAAGAAACCCCCCAAGAAGAUUCCUCAGGUUUUGAAACGAGCCUCCAGCGUUCCUACUCGCGUACCAGAAGUGAUUCAAAUGGUGUCCCACGACAAGACCCAAUCCCACCAAGAUUCCGUUGAGAUUCCCAUCUCGGCACCGCCGACGCUGACGCCCUCGACCACCGAAGAGAGCGUGGCGGCGGCAGGGCAACACAAUGCGGGUGCCUCUUCCAGGGAACCUCUUCUCUACUAUUCUUCGUCUAGUAACCAAGCGACUGGGUCUUCGCAGACUCCGGAAGAAGAAUUUAGGAAUAAUUCGCAGUCGUUGCCUAAGUUACCCGGGGUCAUCCCGCUGAGUGGGCACAAUGGGCCUACGGGCUGGUUGUAACGGGGUCUCCAAAGAGUCAAUGGUUUUACGAAACGGAGAAAAAGGCGAUGAGAUUUUGUUUGAGUAGGUGGGACGAGUGAUGUAGAUGCUUGUGGGAGAAUCAUUGACCCUUGUGGGUGCACCGGAGAUAUGUAGUAGUUUGUUAAUUUACGAAAAAUGUGAUAAUCGUUACUAUGGUCGCUAAUAGCCAUUUUAAAGGACCAUUGGUUAUUAUAGGCAAUUUCACAGGGUGAUGAGGAAAUGAAUAUCAGUUUUUAUUUACAGUAAACGGUUUUUUGAUAUUUUGACUGCCAUUUUCAUCUCUUCAGACUUUCCUAUGUAAGAUAGACUAGAGUUAAUUUUAAGGAGUGUAGAUUAUCGUUAUAAUAUCAAAAUCACUUUCACCGAUCUCUACCAUUGAAACAAUUAAAUUAAAAUACAUACGAGAGGCCUUCGAACAUAUUGUAGUUUCAUUGUCAUUGCCUUAGUCUAGACUAGUCUGUGUAAAACUGGGUAUUUUUAUAAUACUUAUUGCUACAUUCACUACAAACUGUACAUAACAUCACUGAAAUAUUUUUUAACUCAUUAAUCUAACUUAACUUUAAGAAAAAACUAUAUCCGCCACAUCUACCCGAAAAUUUAGAUUAAGCAGAACUUAGUGGUUAAGAGCAUCCUUUUAUUUCGCGAGGUGUCUGAAGAUGCAAACAGACACUUGUUCCUCUGUAAAUGUAUUUCAUCCAGACACCUCCACACAUCAUUAACUUUUGUUGAACCUUUUUACACUAAGGUCAUACACCACAUCGUAGAUGAGUCACUCUGACAAAAUUGUAAAUUUAUUGUUAAAGUACCGUUUCAACCAAAAAUUUUAUACAAAAUUCCACAUCUGCUCUCUUGUGUAGUCGCGAAAUGGUAGACGUUAAGAUGUACUUAUUUAUUGUUGAAAAGUUGGACAUAUUUUUUCUAGUCAUCUCAGAAUAGACGCUUAGUCGGUAGGAAAUAAGUCGCUUAGUAUUAACUUUUUUUAUGC